GCAAGAGCUGCAAGAGAAGGCAAAGACCCUUAACCCAUAAGUUUGAUCCCCCACGACUUGUAGAACAGCUGCUUCGAGAUAUUUCUUUCGAGGAUCAUCACGUCAUACGCUCAUACGUGCAAACAAAUCCAUGGAUGCGAAGAUCGGGAAGUUCUUCGAGUCGGUGGGCACCUUCUUCACCGGCGGUGAUUCUAUCCCCUGGUGCGAAUCCGACAUUGUUGUUGGCUGUGAGCGUGAGGUUGCUGAAGCUGAGAAAGGCUCUUCAAAUGAACUCAAAAGUGAGUGCCUUUUGCGUUUGUCAUGGGCUCUUGUUCACUCAAAGCGACCUGAAGAUGUACAACGUGGGAUAGCUAUGCUUGAAGGUUCAUUAGCAAGCAGCACAAGUAGCCCCUUGGAAAUGAGAGAAAAAAUGUAUCUUCUUGCUGUUGGGUAUUAUAGAAGUGGGGACUACUCAAGGAGCAGACACCUUGUUGAUCGCUGCUUGGAGAUUGCACCGGAAUGGAGGCAGGCAAUAUCUCUCAAGAAAUCAAUCGAAGAUCGUAUCAAGAAAGAUGGAGUGAUUGGCAUAGGCAUUGCUGCGACGGCUGUUGGUCUUUUGGCUGGUGGAGUUGCGGCGGCCCUGUCACGCAAGAAAUGACAAUGUACUUCCAUAUAUGUAAUAUCAUUCUCAUAAUCACAUAAUGUUCAUAACAAGAGUAAUGUUUUCUUUGAAGAAUCAAACAUAUAAAUCUUUUUGCUUUUAUGUUAACGCCUAAACUCCAACAACUUUCACUAAAA